GCGAAGUGGUAUCUACGCCCCGAUGGGUGACGAUAUGGAGGAGAGCUCCCAAGCGAGCGUUUUUUCGAAUGGAUCUUAGAUGGAAAGAAAUUAGUUCUCCUCAUCUUCGGUCUAGUGAGGAGAUUUGAUGUUUUUCAUGAGAAUAUAUUAACAUCGAUUUAUAUUUAUGAUAUUCAUCAUCAAAAACAACAUAUUUACACGAGCACAGAAAUCAUCAGACACGACAGACAUUCACAUAUAUUUAUAAUUUACCGAGAAACACUACCACAAAGAAUAGCGUAAUCGUAGCUAUCACAAGGCAGAGGACAAUUUCGACACACUAUACAUUCAUAGCAACGCAUUGUUUCCCCCUCCGAAUUACGACUUGCUACAUUCACGAUGAAAAGCAUCAAUAACAUGAUUGCCCAAUAAUUGGCCUAGUGGCUCCUCUUGUGCGGACAGCCGAAACCUAAGCGCAUUUUUUCGUGGCGGAAGGGGGAUCAUGCCGCGUAGAUUGAAGAUAGAGAUACAUUCUAACGUUUCAUAAUGCACAUUUCUACGGGCUCUUUUUUCCCAGCAGUAUGUAUUCUAAGACGAAGCAUUUAGAAAAGAAACCAAUACGGCAAGCGUCAAUUGUUCAUAUACAAAGACCGUUACUAAGUUAAAUUUCUUCAUCCAUCGUUUCUUCUUAAAACUUCUUCACUUCAGAUUUCACCUCCAAACACGUACAUCAAUCAUUUGGGUUUGAAGGCUGUUCCUCGUGAAAGAGGAUGAAACAUGUUUGGGUUGCACAUAAUCAAGAGACUUACUUUAAUCUGGUUUUCUUACUCUCCCAUUGCAUCAGCAUGUGCAUAUUCCAUCAGAUCCUAAUUCCAUCGCAGGAGUGUCGCCGCAUUGUGCCCAUGGGUCGUGUAAUGAAGGCAGUAGUAAAUGCUUUCUUACAUGUUCUUGCGUUUUUUUACGUAUUGGGGCAGCGUGCGAUGAAUGAUCAUCUUCUACGCAACGCGAAUGAUCGCGUUUCUAAGCAGCGACGGGAGCGUUGAGCUCAUAAUGAUGCUUUUAUCGGUUCGUAGAACGACAAGAGUCUGAUCCUCUGCAGAGAGGUAAUAGAUACAGGAAUAUCAAGUAUCUAUAUAAGUACAUUUAUUAUACUUUCUGAGAACUCUUCUAUAGAGACCAAAAAAAAAA